AUGGCUACUGGGAGAAAGACUGGCCCGGAGGUCUCCGCCCAGCUUGCAUACGAAUGUAUUACAAGCGUUCCAUUCAAUUCUUCAGCAGCAGUUGCGUUACUAGACUCGAUCCGUCCCUAUCUGGACUGGCAGACCAAUCUGGAAUGGAUUAAAGAUCCUCCUGCAGAGUAUGCUGAGAAGGUGCAAGCGCCUUACGACUUUCGGGCUGAGUGGGAGCGGGUCUACAUCACGGCCAAGACUGACAGCUACGAUAAUGAAUACCAGUUCGGCCUUGAUCUGUACGAGACGCGUCAAAAGACACACAUUGGCGAUUUCUGCGUCUAUCCAGACAGCGUGGAAGGUGUGUUCUUGUGGGGCCGGCGUACAUCACUGGUCUCCGUGUCGUUGGAUGGCACCAGCAUUCCCGAGGUGUAUCUGUACUACGAUAUCUACAAUACGGUAGUCGGCAACGCAAGCUAUACACCGAGUCCACUGACACUUAUCGAUGGGCGCAAUAGCACCGAGUUUCUGCUCGAGUUGGCUCAAAACGGGAGCGUCCAGGAUCCAGACGCGCUAUGGAACAGUCUCUUCUACUUGCUUCCACAAGUCUCACUAGGUCGCCGUGGAUAUGGCAAAGGCAUGUUCAGUGGCGGUGGGAAUGGAUCACUCGUCUACCCCGGGGCAAACACGACGCUGACAUUCGCAAAUUGCUCGUCAUCGACGUACGAGAACUUCGCUCGAGUCUCGGCAUCCUUUGAAAACAUCACAAGUGGUCCAGAUCUCUACAAAGAGCUCUUCAUUCCGCCAGAGCUUCCAAAGCCAGCGGAUCAGCUCGCGACUAGUUCUACCUCGCCAACAACCACAACAGCAGCAGCAACCACGACCACUUCCACUUCCACUACGACAAUGCCCGCCCCUGGAUUCCCAACACCUGUGUUCCGCCAUUCGGAGAAUCGGAAUUCAGGCUACUUCCUUGACGGCGAAGGCUACGACGAUGUGGCAGUCUUGAGUCUGGCAUCUUUUAGCGGAGGGAAUGAGUAUCGUGCAGUGAACACCGACUUCCUUGAGUGUGCAGUUACUGAGAGCAAGACGAAGCUGAUCAUCGAUGUUUCGGCCAACGGUGGAGGCAGCGUUUGGGAAGGAUAUGAUAUGUUCCUCCAGCUCUUCCCGCACAUCAAGCCGUAUGGUGCCACUCGAUGGCGAGUCCACGAGGCGUACGACUACAUUGGACAGGAGAUCAGCUACUUGUCCGGUCUCGUCAAUGGGGUUCAAGAUCUUGACGAUACGGUCUGGGGAGCUGUGUCAUCGUGGUUCAACUAUCGCAAUGAUCUCGAUGUCAAUGACAAUAGCUUCCAAUCCUGGGAACAGAAGCUCGGGCCGCAAAUGCUUGGACCACAGCCAGACGCCUUCACCCCUAUCAUACGAUUGAACCUAUCCAGCGUGUUCGGACCAGACGAUAGCAGUGGCACCGACGGCCCCGGCUUUGUCAAACGCAAAUUCGAGCCUGAAAAUAUUGUCAUUGUCACAGAUGGCUUUUGUUCCUCGACCUGCACCAUCUUCAGCGAGUUCAUGCGGCAGCAAGUGGGCAUCAAGACGAUCAACUUGGGAGGCCGGCCCAAUGUGGAUAUCACCCAGGCUGUCGGUGGUGUCAAGGGAACACAAUCCCUACGCUCGGCAGAAAUACUUGACUGGGUGCAGGCCCCGUUUCGGUACGGAUACAUCCACCCGGCAGAGUUCUACAAGAAAACGGCUCUGGGAGACUACGACAAUCUGUUGCUUUAUCGCACCAUCUACAAAGGUUUGAAUGUCAGGGACGGCUACCGAGAAGACGACCCCAGCAACGUCCCACUGCAGUUCAAGUUCAAGCCUGCCGACUGCAGAAUGUUCUAUACACCUGAGAUGGCCGUCGACAUGACUGCGGCGUGGCAGGCUGUGGCAGACACCGCUUUGAACGGCGUCAAUCAUUGUGUUGCUGGCAGUAUCGAUUCAGAGGCAGUUGGAGGGGACAGAAAGGUGGUGGCGGAGUGGCAGAAGCACGGUGUGAGGAGUGACUUGGAUAUAAGAGAGCAUCUUGCGGCUAUCGGUAACGUGUGGACCAGUCGGGACAAGAGCAUCUUCACCGGAGACUGCAUUACGAUCCCUUGA